GUCGCAGGUCUCCCACUCAGACGUUACAGCCGCCCACAGAAACCACCACUCUGCUCUGCGCACACAGAGAGGGAAACAAAAGGAAAAAUAUCGAGGGUCGAUUCGUGUGUUCCGCCGUUCGUCAUGAGGCCGAUCAGGGAAGGCGAGGCGCUGGUGGGGGUCGCGGGGGCUCCGGCGGCGGCCGUCGUCGGCCACGGCGCGCACCCGGGGUUCUGGAGGACGCCCACGCCCUACCUCUUCCUCGGCUUCGCGCUCAUGAUGGGGCUCAUCGCCGUGGCGCUGCUCGUGCUCGUCUGCACGCGCCGCAAGCCGUCCGGCUCGUCGCGCCGGGGGAGGAGCGCCGGCGAGGACGCGUCGGCCCGCGGGAUGGCGCCGCUCGACAGGGAGCCCAAGGUCGUCGUCAUCAUGGCCGGCGACGACGUGCCGUCCUUCCUCGCCAGCGCCAGGCCCUUCGCGUUCCCCGAUGCCGUGAACGCCGCCGACGCCGGCGAGCAGCGGCAGGCGGACGCGGCCUAGGCGCGCCGCACCCGCCCGUGUGCCCUGCAGGGCGCGGGACCAAUUUUGGCCUCUAGGAGGAUUUUCCCCUGCGUGAUUUGUCCGUCUGUAGAAUCUACUCCUCAAUUAGCAGAGAAGAUAGAGCUGUAGUACUGUAGUAGUUUUGCGUUUCUUGGUGAGGUGAGGUGAGCGGCGCGCAUGGCGUGGGAGAGCGCCCGGCGGCGUGCGUACGUUUGAGAUCCGGCGAAAGCGAAUGGAAUUUUGGCUUGCAUCUUCAAUAAAUGCAUGGUGCUUGCUUCCCUGCUCCCCAA